AUGGCGGCGACCACUGAAGAUGGAGAUGAAUCCGAAUUUCCUCCCGUUAUAGAGCUAAACGUCGGUGGGGUCUUCUACACGACAUCCUUAGCCACUUUAACCCGCGAGUCCAAUUCGAUGCUAGCACAACUUUUCGGCGGAACGUUGUCAUCCGGGCCCUACCGGGACACAAAAGGCAAGUUCUUCAUUGACAGAGAUGGUGUGCUCUUCCGGUAUAUUUUGGACUAUUUAAGGGAUCAAAGAAUUGUCCUUCCGGAGAAUUUUCACGAGCGGAAGAGACUGAGGCACGAAGCAGAGUAUUUCAACCUGCCAGGGCUCAUUGCGAAGCUAGAUGCCAUCCCCGGGUCCCCCUCUACGCUGUUGACUCCUGGUUCCCCUCAACCGACUCUACCAGGAGCCCCUUCUGGUCCUCCAGGAUACAUCAUCAUCGGAUAUCGCGGCACUUUCGCAUUCGGACGCGAUGGUCUAGCCGACGUCAAGUUCCGGAAGCUGACUCGCAUUCUGGUGAGCGGGAAAGUGAAUAUGUGCAGAGAAGUGUUUGGCGAGACCCUCAACGAGAGCCGGGAUCCAGACAGAGGAAGCGACUGUCGCUACUCGGCCCGAUUCUUUCUCAAACACAACUUUCUUGAGCAAGCGUUUGACAACUUGCAAGAGGCUGGCUUUCGGUGUGUGGCUGCUGCUGGGUCCGGUACGUCCUGUGGUGGAGCGGGAGAGCCCAUGAAGCCUGGCAUGGACAGCGAAGAAAACAAGUGGAAUCACUACAAUGAGUUCAUUUUCACGAGACCCUAA